AUGCCAGGAGAAGAAGUCGUUUUCAUUGCCAACGACUGGCACACUGCCCUCCUCCCAUGCUACCUGAAAGCCAUAUACCAACCUAAAGGCAUAUACAAGAGUGCUAAAGUAGCCUUUUGCAUUCACAACGUUGCUUACCAAGGCAGAUUCGCAUUUGCGGACUUCGCACUUCUCAAUCUACCAGAUGAAUUCAAAAGCUCCUUUGAUUUCAUUGAUGGCUAUUACAAGCCAGUGAAGGGGAGGAAAAUUAACUGGAUGAAAGCUGGAAUUUUAGAAUCAGACAAGGUCUUGACUGUUAGCCCAUACUAUGCUGAAGAACUAGUUUCUACAGUUGAAAAAGGAGUCGAAUUGGACAACAUUAUUCGGAAAGCUGGAAUUCUUGGAAUUGUGAAUGGCAUGGACGUCCAGGAGUGGAAUCCAUUAACUGACAAGUAUAUAGCUGCCAAAUAUGAUGCUUCAACUGUGACUGAUGCAAAGCCUCUGUUGAAAGAAGCCCUCCAAGCAGAAGUGGUAUUGCCAGUGGACAGAGACAUCCCUGUCAUAGGUUUCAUUGGUAGGCUUGAAGUGCAGAAAGGUUCAGAUAUUCUGAUAGAAGCCAUUCCCCAUUUUAUCAAAGAGAAUGUUCAGAUCAUAGUCCUCGGGACUGGCAAAAAGCCGAUGGAGAAGCAGCUUGAACAGUUGGAGAUAAAAUACCCUGACAAAGCCCGGGGAGUAGCAAAGUUCAAUGUUCCUCUGGCCCGUAUGAUAACAGCCGGAGCUGAUUUUAUGUUGGUGCCAAUUGUUGCCUCAACUGGUGGGCUGGUAGACACUGUUAAAGAAGGAUUCACUGGAUUUCAAAUGGGAGGUUUCAAUGUGGAAUGUGAAGUUGUUGAUCCUGCAGAUGUACAAGCGAUUGCAACUACUGUCACAAGAGCCCUUGGAACUUAUGGAACCCCAGCUUUUACUGAGAUCAUAGGCAACUGCAUGGCUCAAGAUUUAUCAUGGAAGGGGCCUGCCAAGAAGUGGGAGGAAGUGCUGCUAAAUUUGGGUGUUGCUGACAGCGAACCCGGGAUCGAUGGUGAGGAAAUUGCACCACUCGCCAAGGAAAACAUCGCAACGCCAUGA